AUGGAUCUUGAAUCUGUGCAAUGCGUGACAGAACGCACACCAGACAGUCUUGUUACGCAACAAAGCUCAGAAUCGUCAAUCGAACAAGACACUGGGUAUCCGGUCCCCACCAUCGAUCAAUCCCACGAUGUAGCUUUGGUCACAAAACUUCUCAACCGAACUCGCGACUGUCAUGGCGUCUGUAGCGAGAAUAUCUUGCUCUGGGGCUUACCCGGCUGCGGAAAGCGUCGCAUUGCGAGGCAAGCCGCCUUGGAAUUCUCAAGGUCCGCGAAUUGCAAAGUCCUGUUCAUCGACGGUCGCACUCAUGAAACUUUCCUGAGAGACUAUAGAGAUGCUUAUAUCACCAUGACCGGCGACACCCUACCUCAGGGCUUGGCCGUCGAAGCUCUUCUGCUCAAGAUCAGAAUUGCUCUUGAGUCAUGUCGACAGGAUUGGCUUAUGGUUAUAUUUGAUCUCCAAUUCUAUCUCGAGGAUGGAAAUGAUCACCUUCCUGGCGGGCCCGAUUCCGCACCGACAUCGUUCCUUCCAGAAAGGUCGAGGAUUAUGGUGACGUCCUCGUACGUCGUCGCAUCUCUACUCGGAAGCGUCGAUCAAGACGUGGCUAUGAUCUGUGGUUUGAAAUUUGCUCGCUGGGCGACUUGUCUCCAUGUUGUUGGCGUCGAUGAAACCAAAGCCAUUCGUUAUCUCCAAGAUUCUGGUGUUGAUGCCAGUGACAUUUCGGCCAUCGAGCGCCAUGGACGCUCCUCCACAUUUUCCAUACCACCUCUUCGACUUGCCUUGGUGUCCGCUUCAAUGAGAUUACUAGGAAUGAAUUCAAGUCAGUUUCGUCGAUUAUUAGAAAAGAAAUCUACAAGGACUCCAACACCUUCAUGGCCAGGUUCCAGUGGUAUCUUCUCGGCAACCAUGUCGGUGCUGUGGAACGCCAUUAAUGAUUACGAGCCCCUGGCUGGUCGUAUCCUGGCUAUUGUAUCCAUCGUGGAUCGACUACACCUUCCAAUCUCUCUGCUGGCAAAGUUUCCUGAAUUUCAGACGCUUGACGAAGACGAUUUCUCUUGCGCGAUCAAUACCUUGGUACUCUCUGGACUCGUUGAGAUACACCACAAAUUUGGUCAUCGGACAAUCAAUAUCCCUCUAACAAUCUAUCGUUGGGUGCAAUUGCGAUUGAGAGCCGUUGAGGAUGACGAUGAAUAUGGUGGCAUAAUGAGGGCCUGGGAAGUCAUAUUUACCGAAUAUCUAACAAUACCAGACAUGGAACAUGCACCAGGAGCAUCCUAUUUCUCCACUGAAAGAUUUUGGCCUCUGAUUGGACAUGUAACCUCAUUAUGCAACUUUAAGCCUGCAAAUCUCCGCGUGGUUUGCAGUUUCAGUUAUAUGAGAUUUUUGGAACAAGUUUCACUGGUCCUCAUCGAGGAUGGGAUACUUUUUAAUCAAGGACUAGUGGCGAUUACCCAUGCUUUGGAUAUGUGCGCCUUGCUCAUGAGUCAGCUCAGAUCCCACAGCGGAAACCUCAGAUUACAUCGAUACUAUGUUUCCAUGUUGCAGACUCGAUCUCUCGCCUUUUCAAAAGCCUUGAAAUUCGUCGAGGCAAAAGCCGAACUUAGGGAAGCCGAGAGAUAUUUGACUCACCAUCUCAGCACAGACUCAUGCUACGCAGAUCAAAGGCGCCGGAUCGAUGAUGCGAAGGCUCAUCUUUCCAUCAUACAACAGGAUUUUCCCGAGGCACUGCGACUUCUCAACCCUUUGAUUUCAUCCUCGGAUGAACUAGAAGACUCAUUUGUUGCUGCACAAAGACACUUCUGGCUGACUGCUUACAAGAUUUCGAUCAAGGCAGAUGUCGCGGCAUUGAGGCAUUCACACGAAGCAAUGAAAUAUUGGGUGGCUUUGCCAGAGCAUGAGAGAUGGGGUCAUAAAGACAGCCGGAGGCUGCACUGGGUUGAGAACCACAUGAUUUGCCUUAUGUACCAACACAAAUACAAGGGGGCUUUGAUAUUUGGAAGGCCACUCCUGAAACGUGCGCAAGAACUGACGCCAAACUUUGGGAUCUCUCUCUGCCGUAUGACUUACAGAGUCGUCAUAUGCCUCUGUGCCAUUGGCAAGCUUGAUGAAGCAGAAGAAGCAGUCUGCCAUCUGAUCGCGCGAUCGGACUACAAACGGGUUGAAGAUGAAACACUUUCGCAUCUACUUGUCAUGCUGUAUGCUUUGGGUCAACUCUUACACAAGCAUGGUCGAGUUGUCGAGGCAGAAGGUGUUUAUCGCUACAUCCUGAGAUCAGCGAAGCUCUGGAAUGUCCCUGACAUAACGGGCCCGACCAACAGAUAUAACGUGAAAGGAGCCUGGUCCAAAUUGGUGAUAUGUCUCAUUGACCAAGGUAAGUACCUCGAGGCUAAGGCUGUCCGUGAGAGAUAUACAGAAGCAGAAGAUGAAGGGUCGAUAGGCGAGCAAACAAGUGAAAUAAUGAACCGCCUACGGAUGUCCUAUCAAGACCUUGUGGAGGUGUACUCGAGAAGACUUGAAGCGGAACGAUCCGGUACCCUUCUUGAAUGGGAAGCUAUCGUGGAUCUUUAUGGUCUAAAGGGAGACCUAGAUGAUGCAAUCACCUUAUUUGGUGACCCGACCCAAAGAAUUGAACAAGAUCGAGAUUUCGAAAGCGACAUCGACAUUCACAACAUUCGGCGAGCGAGGAAGAGCAGGAUUCUGCGGCUAUUGAAUUUCCCUUUGGUCUAUCAGUCUUUUUGUCACUACAACACUAGGAGGCCUUUACUCGACCACGACUACUCCUCUGAAGAGCUUUGGUGUAACUUAAAGCAGACAAUUCUAGGGCAGUAUUGGAAAUUCUGCGACUGCACCAGGAAAAGACGUAGAAGUGCCAGUUUUGACCUCAACGUUUUGGUCGACAGAGCAUUUCACGAGCAACACGAUGAGUCGCCGAGACAUGCUGACGCAGGACUCAAGCAAAGACUGAUCGAUGGAUGGGUUAUACGAACUCCAGCGCCCAAGCAACGGCCAAACGGCUGCUCAGAUUUCUGUCCUUGUAUUGCUGCAAAUCUCGUGGGUGAGAAGGAGACCAAACUCCUGGAGUCGAAACUGUUCACCUGGAAGGAAUCUGAGACUGAAGGAUCAUCCCAGUCCAAACCCACUCCUCGCCAUCCCUAUCGGCGUCGAAAGGUGAAGAGACAACCAAUACCGGAUCAUGAAAUAUUUGUAUACAAGGAUGCCGCCAACACAUUCAGAUGGCUACAGUCAGAGUUUCGAGAUGGAGAUGGCGAUGAUGAGAAUUAUAUCAUCCCGAAUGCCCUCAAUAUCCCAGGAAUCAGCAUAACUCCGCCCGACGGAGAAUCCAACCUUGGCCAGUGGUCAGUCGACCAUCAAACCAAGAUCACGGAGCAUUACGAACGCGACUAUGCGGCCGAGUUUGCGUUGGAGAUGGCGAGGGCGCAGAAAAGACGGUUUGAAUGUCAUCGGCUGGAUGCAAUACUGGAAGAUGAUGACGAAAAUGAGGAUUAG